AUGGCUGUCAAGACUACGACGGCCAAUAUGCUACAGAAUGGCCACCGCCGCCGUGUUAGCAAGCCAAUCCUUGUGCGCGGCAGCCAACUGAGCUCGCGCUACAUCACCGAACGCCGCAUCAAGCACGAGCGUAGGCUCCGGAAGCAGCAACAAAAGCAGCAACAGCAGCAACAGCAGUCUGUCACAUCUUCCGCCACGGCUACGCCCGAGCCCUCAACACCGCCUUGUGAAUCAACUUCCUUCCAAGGUAUGACUCCCGAGAAGAAGGAGGCCCUGCAGCACAUCCUGGGCCGCACUCUCGACGACAAGGACCGCUCGGCCGCCGACAUCCUGGCCACACUCUAUGUGACGGGCUUGCUCGACCGCAAGACGCCCACUACAGCCGAGGCCUCUGGUGCCACGACCCCCAUUCCACAAGACGAAUCCGAUGUUGAGCCCUCCGAGGUUGCUCUUCCCAGUAUGCAGCAGACCGAGGGGAUGCUGGAGGUCUGGCGCUCCGACCGCCGCAGUGGUGUCAAGGCUUCUACCACCACUUCCUCAGCCUCGUCUUCUGAGACCGUCGAGGCUGAGUCCACCGCUGCUCUGUCAUCGUCGCCCAUGACGCCAGCUCUGUCGUCGUCGUCUUCCUCUUCGGCUGCGGCCAGUGCCCGGUCGUCUUUCUCCACAGGUUCGCCGGACUCCCAGUCCGCCCAGCGGUCUUCGGUCUCGGGUCCACCGCCGCCACCUUACGAUGCCUGGCGCAAGAGCAUUGGCACCACCCAUAGUGAGGCCGUGCCUACGACUUCUGUGUCGGUUCAGGCUCCUCUGCCUGCUCCUCUUUCCGCCACCAGCAAGGUCACGCAGAGCCCCUUUUCAACUUACGAGCAGAACUACUUCUGCUCUUCUCGCCGCAAACAGAAGACUACUGGUCCCAAUGGCAUGCCCUCGCCUCCGCAGUCGCCCACAAAUGCAGGCCGUCCCAGAGAGUAUAGUUAUAAGCCGGCUACCAUGCCGACGCUGCCGUCGCUGCCGUCGUUCGCAAAUCUGCCCACGCCGCCCCAGUCCUUCUCGGCCUCGAUGCAGCCGGCUCCUUACCACCAGCCUCACCAGCUGGCGUACCAGUCUCAGACCGCCUACCAGCCCCGCUAUAACCCACAGUACGAGCUGCCCGCACCCAUGCCCACCUCCACGCAGCGCCGCAGCAUCCACGGUGGCGCCGAGGACAUUACCACAACAGUUUUGACCCUGCCGCCGCCCGGCGUUGGAUCAUCGCUGGAGCCUCUGACGCCUGUGUCGCCUCUGACGCUCCCCAGUGCGUUUGGCCGCCGUGCUACCAUGCCCGUCAUGCCCAGUGUGGCCACCAUUAUCAACGGGCCUUACCACAACAGCCCGCGCAUGGCUGCCAAGAUGGACGCUCGCCGUGAGCGGAUGUCAUCGGCCUCGUCGCCGUCCACCUCUUCGGCUAGCAAGAAGGCCAUGCCCAAGCCACACUGCAACGUCAAGUACGAGACGGCCGAGCUUGACUUUAUCAUGUACCAGCGCACCACCAAGAACCGGGCUUGGGACGAUGUGACGGCUGCCUUCAACGCAGCGCUGCCGCGUCUUCGCCAGUACGCCGACAUGGACUCUGCCCGCCUGAACGGCGUUGGUCUUGCCGGUGCCACCUCGCCUGGUGGCUCGGACAAGAUGGACCGCUACCGCGCCCGCCCGGAGCGCACGACGCCCGGCCUGCAGGCUUCGUACUACCGCCAGCGCCUGGCGCUCCCGCUGCUCGACGAGAGCGGCCAGCUGGUCUUUGACGACGCCACCAACAAGCAGCUCUUCACCGAGGUCAUGGUGCGCGACGACAAGAGCCGCAAGAAGCUGCGCCGCAUGACGACGGGCCCCACGGCUGUGGCUCCCACGGCCACUCCCUUGUCGUCCAAGGCCAAUCCGGACGAUGCCCGCGUCCACCUGGUGCUCUACUUCCCCGAGCGCGUGACCUACUACGACUACUGGUUCGUGUCCGACGAGGACAAGGCUCUGGCGCGCCAGCGGACGUACGAGCGCAACAUGCAGCGCCACCAGCGCGGACUGCCCUCGUGGCAACCGGGCAACGAUGACCCGGAAUCGGGCAUCUUGACUCGCAAGGAGUAA